CUGCAGGGCCGUUAAUGAUUUGCAGGAUGACGUGGGGACUAAAGGGCUUUCCAAGGGUCACUGCUGGGAAGCGCCCGACACGAGGAGCAGUGGGGCAAAAUGGUGACUCUGAGCGACUUCCAAAGGGUUGGUGUGGGGCUGGUCGGUUUCGGCAUCUUCUUCAUCCUCUUUGGGAUGCUCCUAUACUUCGACUCGGUGCUGCUGGCCUUUGGGAACAUCCUCUUUCUCUCCGGUUUGGUCUUCAUCAUCGGCUUCAGGAGGACCUUCACCUUCUUCUUCCAAAGGCAAAAGAUGAAGGGCAGCAGCUUCUUCCUUGGGGGGGUCCUCAUCGUCCUCAUGCGCUGGCCGCUCCUGGGGAUGCUGCUGGAAGCUUAUGGCUUCAUCACACUCUUCAGGAGUUUUUUCCCCGUGGCUUUUGGCUUUUUGGGCUCGCUGGUGAAUAUCCCUGUUCUGAACAAGCUCUUGGAGAAACUGGGUGACAGCAGCUCCAUAGUGUGACCACGGGAUGGAUAAUGUCACAGGUGGGACAGCACGAGUGGUCCUUCAGUCCUGCUGGGGGUUGGAGAUGGUUGUGCUGCAGGGAUGGUGCCUCGCAGGCUGCGCCAGGCAGGCUUUGUAAUUAUUAUUAUUAUUAUUAUUAUUAUUAUUAUUAUUAUUAUUA